AUGUCAAACAUUUCACCAUCGCCGAGCAUUUCCCUGGACUAUGCCUCUCUACACAGUACGUUGGCACCACAUUUCUUGGGUCUAAAUUCAGUCACCGAAGCAGAACCAUCCAAAGUCACCGACUUUGUCAAAUCACACCAAGGUCACACCGUGAUCACCAAGGUCUUGAUUGCCAAUAACGGUAUUGCUGCAGUCAAGGAAAUCAGAUCAGUCAGAAAAUGGGCUUAUGAGACAUUUGGAGACGAAAGAGCCAUCCAAUUCACCGUUAUGGCAACACCAGAGGAUUUGGAAGCAAACGCAGAAUAUAUCAGAAUGGCAGACCAGUUUGUCGAAGUCCCCGGAGGCACAAACAACAACAACUAUGCCAAUGUCGACUUGAUUGUUGAAAUUGCCGAAAACUCAAACGUCCAUGCAGUUUGGGCUGGUUGGGGACACGCCUCAGAAAACCCAUUGUUGCCCGAAAAAUUGGCAGCCUCACCAAAGAAGAUUGUCUUUAUUGGUCCUCCAGGUUCAGCUAUGAGAUCGUUGGGUGACAAGAUUUCGUCAACAAUAGUUGCUCAACACGCCAAUGUCCCAUGUAUCCCAUGGUCAGGUACAGGCGUUGAUGAAGUGCAGGUUGAUGAAAAAACUCGUUUGGUCUCCGUUAGUGACGAGAUUUACUCUAAAGGUUGCUGUACCGGCCCAGAAGAUGGUUUGGAAAAGGCACAAAAAAUUGGUUUUCCAGUCAUGAUCAAGGCUUCGGAAGGUGGAGGUGGUAAAGGUAUCAGAAAAGUUGAAAGAGCCGAAGACUUUAAGCACGCUUACGACCAAGUUGAGAACGAGAUUCCAGGUUCACCCAUUUUCAUUAUGCAGUUGGCUGGCGAUGCUAGACAUUUGGAAGUGCAAUUGUUAUCAGAUCAAUACGGAACAAAUAUCUCCCUUUUUGGAAGAGACUGUUCAGUGCAGAGAAGACAUCAAAAGAUUAUUGAAGAGGCUCCCGUUACAGUGGCCAAAAAGGAAACUUUUACUGCAAUGGAAAAUGCAGCCAUCAGAUUGGGUAAACUUGUCGGGUACGUGAGUGCAGGUACCGUUGAGUAUUUAUACUCGCACAAGGAUGACAAAUUCUAUUUCCUUGAAUUGAAUCCCCGUUUGCAAGUUGAGCAUCCAACUACGGAAAUGGUGACUGGUGUCAACUUACCAGCUGCUCAAUUGCAAAUCGCUAUGGGUAUCCCAAUGCACCGUAUCAGAGACAUUAGAACCCUUUAUGGAGCUGACCCACACUUGGCCACCGAGAUUGAUUUCGAAUUUAGCACCGAAGACUCCUUGAUUAGCCAGCGUAGGCCAACAGCAAAAGGUCACUGUACUGCUUGCCGUAUCACAUCAGAAGAUCCAGGUGAAGGUUUCAAACCAAGUGGUGGUACAUUACACGAAUUGAAUUUUAGAUCGUCAUCAAACGUUUGGGGUUACUUCUCUGUUGCCAACCAGUCCUCAAUCCAUUCCUUUUCAGAUUCCCAGUUUGGUCACAUUUUUGCUUUCGGUGAAAACCGUCAAGCUUCAAGAAAACAUAUGGUUGUUGCAUUGAAAGAAUUGAGCAUUAGAGGUGAUUUCAAGACUACUGUUGAAUACCUUAUCAAGUUGUUGGAAACUCCAGACUUUGAAGACAACAAGAUCACCACUGGAUGGUUGGAUGAGUUGAUCACCAAGAAAUUAACUGCAGAAAGACCAGAACGUUUUGUUGCUGUUGUGUGUGGUGCCAUUGCAAAAGCUCAUAUUCAAGCUGAUGAAGAAAAGAAGGAAUACAUUCAAUCUUUGGAAAGAGGGCAAGUUCCACACAAGGACCUUUUGAGAACCAUUUUCCCUGUCGAAUUCAUAUACGAGGGAGAAAGAUACAAGUUUACUGCAACCAAAUCGUCAGAAGACCACUAUACAUUAUUCCUUAAUGGAUCAAGAUGUACCGUUGGAGCACGUCCAUUAUCCGAUGGUGGAUUAUUGUGUGCAUUUGGUGGUAAAUCACACGCUGUGUACUGGAAGGAAGAUGCUGCUGGUACAAGAUUAUCGGUUGAUGGCAAGACUUGUCUUUUGGAAGUUGAAAGCGAUCCAACUCAAUUGCGUACACCUUCUCCAGGUAAGUUGGUGAAAUAUUUGGUUGAAAGUGGUGACCAUGUUAGUGCUGGACAACCAUAUGCCGAAGUGGAAGUUAUGAAAAUGUGUAUGCCUCUUAUUGCUCAAGACGACGGUAUUGUGCAGUUGAUACAACAACCAGGUUCAACUGUUAACGCUGGUGAUAUGCUUGCAAUUUUGGCCUUGGAUGAUCCAAGCAAAGUGAAGCACGCCAAACCCUUUGAAGGUACACUCCCUGAAUUGGGUGCCCCAAAUGUUAGAGGUAACAAACCAGUGCACAAGUUUACUCAAUACUCAAAUGUGUUGAAGAACAUUUUGGCAGGUUACGAUAACCAAGUGAUUAUGAACUCCACCUUGAAGAAGAUUGUUGAAGUAUUGAAGAACAAGGAAUUACCAUUUUCAGAAUGGCAACUGAGCAUUUCUGCUUUACACUCAAGAAUUCCACACAAAUUAAACGAGUCUUUGGCUGCUUUAAUUGAGAGAACUCAAACCAGAGGUGCUGAUUUCCCCGCACGCCAGAUUUUAAAACAGAUUCAAAAGGCAGUCGAAGAAUCAAGUGAGGUUUCAAUGAAGGACACAGUGGCUCCAUUAGUCAGUAUUGCCACAAGAUACCAGAAUGGAUUGGUUGAACACGAGUACGACUUCUUUGCCUCUUUGAUUAAUGAUUACUACGAUGUCGAGAGUUUGUUCCUUGGUGAAAAGGUGAGGGAAGACGAUAUUGUCUUGAAGUUGAGGGAUGAAUACAAAUCCGACCUCAAAAAGGUUAUCAAUAUUCUUUUGUCGCACUCUAGAGUUUCAGCAAAGAACAAUUUGAUUCUUGCCAUCUUGGAAGAGUACCAACCAUUGUUGCUUGAAAACUCAGUUGUUGCUUUUUCAAUUCGUGAUGCAUUAAAGAAAUUGGUUUUGUUAGAUUCAAGAGCAUGUUCCAAGGUUGCAUUGAAGGCUAGAGAAAUUUUGAUCCAAUGCUCAUUGCCAUCUAUUAAAGAGAGAUCCGACCAAUUGGAGCACAUUUUGAGAUCUUCUGUUUUGGAAACUUCUUAUGGCGAGAUUUACGCCAAACACAGAGAACCUAAAUUGGAAAUCAUUCAAGAAGUUGUCGACUCAAAGCACGUUGUCUUUGACGUGUUGUCUCAGUUCCUCGUCAACCCUGAUGAGUGGGUUGCCAUUGCCGCUGCAGAAGUUUAUGUAAGACGUUCUUAUAGAGCUUACGAGUUGGGUGAGAUUCAAUACCACUUCCAUGACCGCUUGCCAAUCAUUGAAUGGAAAUUUAAGUUGUCGAAUGUUUCAAACUCGAGGUUCAACACCAUUAUGCAACCAAAUGUUGAGGAAGAAAGCACCGCUAUGAAGCAUGCCGCAUCAGUAUCUGAUCUUUCAUUUGUCGUUGAUGCAAAGACUGAGCACUUGACAAGAACUGGUUUAUUAGUUCCAUGCCGCCACUUGGACGAUGUCGAGGAGAUGUUGAGUGCUGCUUUGGAGAAGAUUGAGCCAACUGAUGGAAUUACUUUCCAAGCUAGCGAGACCCACCCAGAGUUGUUGAAUGUGUUGAAUAUUGUUGUCAAUAACAUCGAUGGAUACUUGAGCGAAGAAGAGUACUUGGCUCGUGUGCAUGAAAUCACAGCAGAGUAUAAGGAGGAACUUUUGGCCGCUGGUGUUCGUCGUGUAUCAUUUGUCUUUGCCCAUGAUGUUGGUUCAUAUCCAAAAUACUACACCUUUACAGGUCCAGACUAUUCCGAAAACAAGGUUAUUAGACACAUUGAGCCUGCAUUGGCUUUCCAAUUGGAAUUGGGAAGAUUAUCCAAUUUCGACAUUAAGCCAAUAUUUACCAACAACAGAAACAUCCACGUUUACGAAGCCGUUGGUAAAGCUGCCCCAUCUGAUAAGAGAUUUUUCACUAGAGGUAUUAUCAGAACCGGUGUUAUCAAGAAUGAUAUCAGUAUUUCUGAAUAUUUGAUUGCUGAAUCCAAUAGAUUGAUGAGUGAUAUCUUGGACUCUUUGGAGGUUAUUGAUACUUCCAACUCGGAUUUGAACCACAUUUUCAUCAACUUUUCCAACGUUUUCAAUGUCCAACCAGCUGAUGUUGAAGCAGCAUUUGCUUCUUUCCUUGAGAGGUUUGGUAGAAGAUUGUGGAGAUUGCGUGUUACCGGUGCUGAGAUUAGAAUUGUUUGUGCAGACCAAAACGGUAAUUCAUUCCCACUCCGUGCAAUCAUCAACAAUGUUUCUGGUUAUGUUGUCAAGUCCGAUCUUUACAUGGAGGUCAAGAAUCCAAAGGGUAACUGGGUUUUUAAAUCGAUUGGCCAACCUGGUCCAAUGCAUUUGAGACCUAUUUCAACUUCCUACCCGGUCAAGGAAUCUUUGCAACCAAAGCGUUAUAAAGCACACAAUAUGGGUACAACAUAUGUCUACGAUUUCCCAGAGCUUUUCCGUCAAGCAGCUGUUUCACAAUGGAAGAAACAUGGUAAAAAGGCACCAGCAGAUGUGUUUACAUCUCAAGAGUUGAUUCCAGACGACAAUGGUGGAUUAACCGCAUUGCUGAGAGACCCUGGCUCCAACAAGAUUGGUAUGGUUGGUUUCUUGGUCACGGCAAAGACACCAGAAUAUCCUCGCGGACGUCAAUUUGUGAUUGUUGCUAAUGAUAUCACAUUCAAGAUUGGUUCAUUUGGUCCAGAAGAAGACAACUAUUUCAACAGGUGUACUGAGUUGGCCAGAAAGAUGGGAAUUCCUAGAAUCUACCUUUCAGCCAACUCGGGUGCGAGAAUUGGUGUUGCUGAAGAGUUGAUUCCUUUGUUCCAAGUUGCUUGGAACACUGAAGGUGCUCCUGAAAAGGGAUUCAAAUACUUGUAUUUGACACCCGAAGCCAAGAAGGCAAUCGAUGAAGAUGGCAGAGGUGAUACUUUGAUUACUGAACGUGUUGUUGAAAAUGGACAAGAGCGUCAUGUUAUCAAGACCAUUAUUGGUGCCGAAGACGGUUUGGGUGUUGAGUGUCUUAAGGGUUCUGGUUUGAUUGCUGGUGCUACAUCGCGUGCAUACAAGGAUAUUUUUACAAUCACCUUGGUCACGUGUAGAUCGGUUGGUAUUGGUGCGUACUUGGUCAGACUUGGACAAAGAGCCAUUCAAAUCGAAGGGCAGCCAAUUAUUUUGACUGGUGCUCCGGCAAUCAACAAGCUUUUGGGAAGAGAAGUCUACUCCUCUAACUUGCAACUUGGUGGUACUCAAAUCAUGUACAAGAAUGGUGUUUCGCAUUUGACUGCCAACGAUGACUUGGAAGGUGUUGAAAAAAUUCUUGAAUGGUUGUCGUUUGUUCCUGCUAAACGUGGAAUGCCAGUUCCAAUCCUUGACUCCGAGGACUCCUGGGACAGAGAUAUCGAAUACUACCCUCCAAGCAAUGAACCAUUCAACGUUAGAUGGAUGUUUGAAGGUAAGGAAGUUGAUGGUGAAUUUGAAUCUGGUUUCUUUGACAAAGGGUCAUUCCAAGAGACAUUAUCUGGUUGGGCUAAAGGUGUUGUUGUUGGUAGAGCUCGUCUUGGAGGUAUUCCAAUGGGUGUUAUUGGUGUUGAGACUAGAAUGAUUGAAAACUUGAUUCCUGCAGAUCCAGCAAACCCAGAGUCGAAUGAGGUUUUAGUUCAAGAAGCUGGUCAAGUUUGGUUCCCCAACUCAGCUUUCAAAACAGCUCAAGCAAUCAAUGAUUUCAAUAACGGUGAGCAAUUACCAUUGAUGAUUUUCGCAAACUGGAGAGGUUUCUCUGGUGGUCAAAAGGAUAUGUACAAUGAGGUUUUGAAGUAUGGUUCAUUCAUUGUUGAUGCGCUUGUUGACUUUAAACAACCCAUCUUCACUUAUAUCCCACCCCAUGGUGAGUUGAGAGGUGGUUCUUGGGUUGUUGUUGAUCCAACUAUCAAUGCUGAUAUGAUGGAAAUGUAUGCCGAUGUUGAUUCCAGAGCUGGUGUUUUGGAGCCAGAGGGAAUGGUUGGUAUCAAGUACCGUCGUGACAAGUUAUUGGCAACUAUGCAAAGGUUGGACCCAACUUAUAGUGAAUUGAAGUCCAAGUUGAGCGAUCCAAAAUUGUCUUCUGAGGAGCACGCUACAGUCACUGCCAAGAUACUGGCUCGUGAAAAGGCAUUGCUUCCAAUCUAUGCGCAAAUCUCGGUGCAAUUUGCUGAUUUGCAUGAUAGAUCGGGAAGAAUGUUGGCCAAGGGUGUCAUUAGGAAAGAGGUGGAAUGGGUCAAUGCAAGAAGAUUCUUUUUCUGGAGACUUCGUAGAAGACUCAAUGAGGAGUAUGUCUUGAGACUCAUUGGUGAGCAAACACCAAACGCCACCAAGUUGGAAAAAGUUGCUAGACUCAAGAGUUGGAUGCCUGCUGUUGACUAUGAUGAUGAUAAGGCAGUAAGUACCUGGAUUGAAGAGCACCACUCCAAAUUGACAAAGAGGCUCGACGAAUUAACUGCCGAAUCGACCUUUUCAAACCUUAUGAAGUCUAUGAAGACCAACCCAGAAGCAGCCGUGGCAGCCGUGAAAGAGUUUACCGAAGGGUUGUCUGAGGAAGCAAAGAAUGAUUUGAUUAAAGCAUUAACCAAGGCUUAG